AUGAGAAAGGAGGUAAAUGGGCUGUGCUUUGGAGUGGACAGAUGGUGGAGUGGACACACCCGACGCGCAAUUGAUUUCGGAAAGGCGGAGAGACGCCGCGUUUGUACACUAACGCACACUAGCGUGCGCGACGGUCUGAUGAGGCUAGGCCCCUCGCCUCGGCCCUCCCUUCUACUAUACGAUUUUGCGGACGGAUGUGCGAUGACAAGAGGAGUGGGGGUUCGCGUGGCUGGACACCAACAGGUGUUCCGUCACUACUCUCCGAUUGAUGGCUCAGACACGUCAGCUUCUCUGUUUUUGAUAGUAAGGAAAAAGUCCUUUUUGAUCUGA